AUGAAUUCGGCCACAGUGACGAGCAUAGAAACCUCGAAUGGUUCGGCCUCUGUCUCCCGGCGCAGCGGCCACGACGUCACACAGAACGAGCCCAACAAUAGCACCAACGGAAACGGUAACGGAACUGCCACGACGAAAACCCCCAAGAAGCCUGGCCAGAAGUACAGGCACGUCGCUGCGGUUCACAAACAGACGAGGCCUUCAUGUCUGAGUCACGAUUCCGAUGCUGCUCCCAGCUUUAUUGGUUUUCGUAACCUCAUGGUCAUUGUGCUUGUUGUUGGAAACUUGCGAUUGAUGAUUGAGAACAUCCAAAAGUAUGGUGUAUUGAUCUGCGUGAGGUGUCAUGAUUACAGCCGUCAAGAUAUUUACUUGGGUCUACUCCUUUACUUCCUCAUCCCAUGCCAUCUCCUUGCUGCCUACUUGAUUGAGCUGGCUGCUGCUCAGCAGGCUCGAGGAUCUCUGAAGCGUGUCAAUGAUUCACCUUCUGGUGGCCCCUCAGAGCAGGAGCGCAAAAGGUUUCAUAAGACCUGGGUUGUUGUCGCAUGGGCUCAUCUUUUCAACAUCACACUUGCCCUUGUUCUCACCACCUGGGUCGUGUACUUCAAGAUUCAUCAUCCUCUCAUCGGCACCUUGACUGAGAUGCACGCCAUUACCGUCUGGCUCAAGACUGCAUCAUAUGCUUUCACCAACCGAGACUUGAGACAUGCCUACCUGCAUCCCGUGGAAGGAGAACGGGAACUGGUACCUGAGCUGUAUACGCAAUGCCCGUAUCCCCAGAACAUCACCUUCAGCAACCUGGUCUACUUCUGGUGGGCGCCCACCCUCGUAUACCAGCCCGUGUAUCCUCGCACCGAUAAAAUUAGAUGGGUCUUUGUGGCCAAACGGGUUGGAGAGAUCUUUGGCCUCAGCGUGUUCAUGUGGGUUGCGAGUGCUCAGUAUGCUGCACCUGUCCUUAGGAACUCGCUCGACAAGAUCGCUUCCCUUGACCUCAUGUCUAUUUUGGAACGGUUACUUAAGCUUUCAACCAUUUCCCUAGUCAUCUGGCUUGCCGGUUUCUUCGCACUCUUCCAGUCGUUCCUCAACGCCCUAGCCGAGGUUUUGAGGUUUGGCGACAGGUCGUUCUAUGACGAUUGGUGGAACAGCGAGAGCUUAGGAGCAUACUGGCGCACGUGGAACAAGCCUGUCUACACGUAUUUCAAGCGUCACCUGUACAUGCCUAUGAUCGGGCGUGGUUGGAGUCCUCAAGCUGCCAGCUUUGCUGUCUUCUUGGUCUCGGCUAUUCUUCACGAGAUCCUUGUCGGUGUCCCUACACAUAACAUCAUUGGCGUUGCUUUCCUAGGUAUGUUCCUUCAACUACCACUUAUUGCAUUGACCAAGCCUCUUGAAAACAUGAAGCUUGGGCACACUGGCAAGAUAGUUGGUAACAGUAUUUUUUGGGUAUCAUUCACCAUAUUUGGGCAACCCUUUGCAGCACUGAUGUACUUCUACGCUUGGCAAGCAAAGUAUGGAAGUGUUAGCAAACAGAUGACGACAGUAUCGAGUUAA